AUGGAGCCCGAGGUAGAUGAAAGGACUGUCGAGGAGGGAGAGGCCAGUUCCUCUUUGCAGCUAGCAUCAGGUUUACCUGCUCUCAGCCAAGGAAGGUCCAGUGUUACGGGUGUGGACUACACACCUCAGCUCUUCACCUGCAGUUUACUCAAGGUUCACUUGCUGACUCCCAGCUCAGGGGACCCACCUGGACACUGCCACCUGCAGAGACAGACCAGUCCACAGUCUAACACCCAGUAUGUGUUACAAGUUUCAUUUGACCUUAAGCUGGUUAAGAGUCAAGGAGAAACAAGAGAGCUGGAAGGCCCCCAAAUCAAAGUUGCUGCAUUGUUGGAACAAUGUCCUCCCAUUGUCUCUGUCAUCUGCAACAGAUUCCACAGGCUGGUCCUCAUUGAAGAUGCAAGAUCAUCCUCGCUGAAGAUGCAACAGCCUAAUUGCAAUUAUCCUCUGGAAAAGAACAAUGAUACAGCAGAGAAAGAGGGACACUUGAAUGUAGAAACUGAACCUCAAUGUGGCCCAGAGAACAACUCUCACAAUACCACUCAGAAACUCUCAGCAACAGGGCCUCUGAGAUGCACAGAGCAAAUGGAGGCCACCUACACAAAGGGCCAACCCCAAAGCUGCCAGGACUCUCCUCAGUCCAGCCCGAGGAGCCUGUCUAAGAAACAUUAUGAGAACCAGGGGAAUCUUCUCCACUUUGAUCGGCAAGCCCCAGGCCGCAUUUCCACCUCUCCCACUUUGAGGAGAUUAAGAGGCAAUGGCAAUGAAACUCAGCGUGCUCUGUCUCAGAGAGAGACUUUAGAAGCGUCCACUUGGAAGGAGUCUCCAGGAUCCCCAUGUUACUUUUCCAGUAGUGUACCUGGAAUCCCAAAGGAAUCUUCCCAAUUCCAGUCAACCCAGAGGCUUUUGCCUCUAGAUGCUGAGAGGACCCUCAAUGUAGCUGACUCAGUGGUGCCCCAGGUGAGGCCCAAUGAUGAACAGAAGCUUCCUAAUCUUCAUGCCGUGGAUACUCAACCUCUUCCUCAUGCUCCUUGUCCAGGGAGACAAAGCCCAUCAUGGCCCAGCCUUAUCGCAAAGACCCCUGGUCCUCAGAGUACAGAAUUCUGCUGUGACUUUUUGGGGCAGGAGAUGACAGCCACAUGUGGUCAUGGUUUUCAUUUUGAAUUGUCAAACACUUGGCCUGGUGGCUUAAUUAACAUCCUCUCAGUAAUAGGCUUUGUCAGGUUCUACGAACACCGACGAAGCUCUGUGGUGCUCAAUCUCCCUGGACUUGAGGUGUUCCCGGGGGACCUUCUAGUGUCAGACGGAGCUGCCAAUUACCUGUGCCACCCGCUGCUGCUGCUGAAUUCAGAAUCCAAGAAGUCAAGAUGGCCUUUCUCCAGGAAAGAUGUGGGGAAAGACAAGCACAAGCACCUAGCUGAUCUGGAAACCUGCCUCUCCUCCUUGAAGAUCACAGACUUCAGGAGCUUUGAAUUCUUUGGCCUGAAGGAUAAGUCCUGGAAUGAAGUCAUGGAAACCCACGGAAAACCUCCUACUGAUCAACUAGACUUAAGAAAGCAGCAAGAGGCCAUGUGGGAACUUUUUACCAGUGAAUGCACUUAUUUCUUGGACCAUUUAUUAGUGAUGAAGAUGAUCUUCAUGAAUACGCUAAAAUAUUUGCACACUCGUGACUAUCUUCUGGAUGUGGAUUUAUGGAGACUUUUUGCAAAUCUGGAAGAGUUAAGUCAGACGAGCUUCGGUUUUGUGACCAGUCUAUUUGGCAUCAUCAAGGACUAUUUCGACACUUCUGAGACUUCACCAUUGGUGGAUUUUGCUUCGGUGCUCACAAAGUAUUUCCAAGGAAGCCUGUGUCAGAGCCACCAGACCUACUGCCUGAAUUACUCGGCCGCGGUCUUUUACCUGGAGAGCCUGAGACAGAGAGAGGACUUCGGAAUUUAUUUAAAAUGGUGUGAGCAAAACGAACAGUGUAGGCGGCUUCACCUUCCAGAGCUCCUGGUGGCCCCACUCCACCGACUAACUCGGUACCCCUUACUGCUGAAGAAUAUCUGGAAACGGAGCACAGACUCUACAGAGAAAAUUAUGGUCUACUCCAUCAAAGAGAAGGUGGAAAAGUCAAUCCGAGAUCUUGAAGGAAAAGUGAAGUGGCUUGACAAUUUCCAAAAAUGUAGACACCUGCAGGAGAUUAUAGUAUGGCCUCCUCUCUGGGAAAGAGAUAAAAGGUUUUUCAUUCCAGAGUGCUUGAAACACGUUUUUAAGGAAUACAUGGCCGAAAACAUCUUGUCACCAACCAACAGACACCUUCUCUAUGAGGGAAAAUUAACACUGGCAGAAAACACAAGGUUCCUAGAUGUUUACCUAUUUCUCUUUGAUGAUUUCCUCUUAGUUACGAAAACCAAGCGCAACAAAAAGAAAACUGGAGGCUUAGACCUCAGUUCAAUGUGCCCUUCACUUACUCCUGAGCUGCUAACUGUAAUUAAAGAAGGUGGUUCAUGCACAGUAUUAGACCAGCCCAUUCCAUUAGACAGACUGGUACUUCGAAGUAUUGAUCCUCUCCAUGUGUCAGUCUUUGGGCUGAGAAAUGCUUUUCUUGUACAGCAUGAAAACAGGUAUCGGCAGUGUAUAGCAGCAUUCUUAUUACAAGCACAGACGGAAAACAUCAAAAAAAUAUGGAUGACACAAAUAUCAGAAGCAAUCUCCUGCUUUUUCAAAAAUAAGGAAAUGAAGAAAAUAUCUUUUUUCACAUUGCCUGCAGAAUCUUCUGAAAUUUAGAAGCCUGAAAUAAUUGGCAUAUCCUUUUUUAGAUAUUAGGGAUUUAAAGUAUUCUUUCAUUCCAACAUUUUAUAACACUUAUCUUUUGGUUAAGAUGCAAGGAAAUAUGCAAUUAUGAAGAAUUCCAGAAUUUGAGAC